AUGGGGCGCAGUGCGGCCAGCGUCGAAUUUCACAGACCUGUCUCGAGUAACUUUCUGACGUCUCGGGAUUUGCGAUCUUCGGACGGACGGCCGGCAGAAGUGCCCGUUCCGACGGCGUCACGCGCGACCGUCGGACGCGAUCGAUGGCCGGUCGUCCGACAGCGAAUCGUCGCGGAUGUUUCUGUCGGCUCCACGUGUGGUGUCCUGAAUCUUCCGCAAGAUGGCACUAGUCGUUCCAUGCUCGACGGUCCCGCGCUUGUCCGCGAACGAUAUUAUAAAUAA